AUGAAGUCGUGUUUCGUUUUAGAUUUAAUGAUGAAUGAUGAAAUAACAUUUCAAAAUGAAAAAGAUGAAAAAGAAUGGACAAGACUUUUUCCACCAGAAAUCGACACUGUUUAUGAAUCAUUAGAAUUUAUCAAACGUUUAUUUAUAAUAACAUUAUCAACAAUAUCAUCAAAUCGUAAAUUAUUUUCAUCAGAUUUUUAUGCACAAAAAAGACUUGGCUCUUUAAACGUUCAAUUGUUUGAUCAUCAUUGUACAAAUGUUGAGCAAACGAUAAAAGCAGCAAUUAUAUUCGAUUGGAUCGGUGGAAUAUCACAAGCAAUUGCUGAAAAAUAUUUAAAGAUGGCCUCGUUUAUUAUCGUAUCGAAAGAUGUUGAACAAUCGAUACUGGAGACAUUUUUAUUUUUAUUUUCAUAUCAUGAUGAAAAUACUGAUAAUCAUCAUGAAAAAAAUUUAAAAAAUAAAGAUAUACGAAAACAAGUUGUGAAUUCAUUAACAAAAUUAAUUUUAUUUCUUGACCGGCUUACUCCAAUUAAAUAUAAAUCAAACUAUCGUUUUUGUGUUAAAUUAGAAUAUUAUGAUAAUACGCCAUGUGACUAUGAACCAAAAGGUUUUGUCAGUAUUGAACAAUCAACAUCGAUUAUACAACAUAAAGAUUUAAUUCAACAUUCAUUAAAAACGUGUCCAAAAAAUAUUUUAGUAGAAAUAAAAACAGAUUAUCAUAAGUUGUUAAUUGUACAUAUCAAAUCACCUGAUACAAAAGAUAGUUAA